AUGAACAAUUCCAAUUUCCACAAGAUGAUCCGCAUGAAAAGGACUCUUUGCCAUAAAUACAAGCAGGUGAAGAAUGGCAUCACUGAAAGUGAAAAGGCUUUUGACAGACUUGAUGAAGCAGCACCUGCAGCUUCAAAGAAAGAAUGGUUAGCCAGCAAGAGGAUCGCUCAGUCCAGCAGAAUAAAUAAUCCUGCAGCAAUGGAUGUAUAUGAGAUUAAUAUCAAGAAGGAUAACAAAAAGGAGAUCAAGCUUAGACUGCUAGAGGAGGGCGAUUCCCAUAAGGCAGCACCUGCUCACAGAUCUGUGACAACAUGGAUAUCAAUGGGGUUGGCAAUUGAAGAGGCUCAAAUUGCAUUGGUCAUCAAGCUCCGAAGAAUUGGAAGAAGAACUACAGGGACACAGAGAUUAGACAUCACCUAG